GCAUGGCCUCCCCGUUCACAACUUGGUUUGGCGAGUGUUUUGUUGCCUAGCAACAGCGCCACAAGAAACUUGCUGAGGGCCUCUGCAGUCCAUAAAUAUUUUGGGGGAGGUGGUUCACAAAAGGAUUGUCUGAAGAGGGUUGCAGUGAAGGCGUCCCCGUCCCUUUGUCGUCUUGAAGGGAGAGGGAAAGGGAGCAGCAACAGCGAACACAACCGACUGAAGAGAGGCAGACUGGCUCUUGUCCAGCUAGAAGACUCCCUGCUCGGUAACACCUUGAGCGAGAAAAACCAUGGUCGUGGAAACAAUACAGAUACAGGAACAGGGGAUACCUUUAUCCGAUCAUUAAGACUAUAAAGAAAAAAAAAAGCGAGCUUCCGGUGAUAAGUCAUCUUCGAGGCUGUGUGCCAAGUUCUUGUUGGGAAUUCCAAAAUUAAAUGAUGUUAUUAAAGUCCAAAAGUCACAUCGCUGACGAGGCGUGGACUGGGUCUGAAAGAGGGGAACAGGGCUGGAUGCGAUGGCCUUAGCAACGGGGCCUGAGUGGGGAAUCUUGCAGACUCCAAAAGUACGUAGACGAGGCUUGAGCAAGAAUAUUCUCCCUCCCGCCGGUGCUGCAGCCCAAAGACCCUGCGGACGCCUUGAAAGGAAACGACGAAGUCUUGUGGCCGUUUACGGUCUAGCCUUUUAUUUCACAAAGGCUUUCGUUCACAAGACCCUGCAAUAGCCACCCCAGCACUACGGGGUAUGCUUGCCUACAUAUUAAAAAGAGCGCCUUCACCUUUAAAUCCCCUACUGCUGCAAGGAGGACGGCCUUCACCUCCCAUCCCAUAAUGCCUUUAUUCGCUUCCCUAUUACCUCUGCAAGAUGGCUGCUCUCAAUGGCUGGUGGGGGAGGUUUUGCAGAAUUGGUUGGUGGCCUGUCUGUCAACCCAUCCGCCAUCGCUCCAAAUCUAUCACCCGCCACUUCAAACAUAUGAACCUUGUGCGGGAGAAGCUGAUGGCAAUUACACAGUACAUCCCACCGAAACCUGCAAUCCCAGAGGAGUGCCGCACUCACAGUGUCACAACUGAGCAGGAGGAAAAUGGCUUUACAAGGUUGAUGUAUCGGCUAACGAAGGAAACAUUCCUCGAGAAUAAAAUGAUUGUUGUAUGCCACUACAACUACAUUCCUGGAAAUGAUAUGAUACUCUUGAGGCAUCGGCUACGAAAGUACAACAUCCAUGUCAAAUUCUUUCCCACUGAGGUCAUGAAAACUUUUAUUUCAGAAUCCAAGUUCAAAAAUCUCCUCCCUCUCUUUGCUGGGCGCAGCAUUCUAAUGGUGAGCCAGGAAUUGAGAGCAAAUGAAGUGCUGCGUGUUUUAAAGUAUGUGCCACAGAUUGUUAUCCUUGGGGCCUGUGUUGAUGAUGUCAUCUUAAGCAAACAAGGUUUUGCAAACUUCGCCAAACUGCCAUCCUUGGCUACUACCCAAGGAGAAGUAGUGGGAGCCCUCUCUCUCAUGACAUCUCAAACUAGCAUCCUUCUACAGCGUGGCCCUGUUCACUUGAUUGCUUUGUUAGAACAGUAUGUUAAACAACAGAAUUGCGAAGCAGAUGAAGCUAAAGAGACAGGGACGUCUGACAGAUCAGAAGCUCUAUGAGGAUGAAUACUCUUUGACAAGCAACUCAUCGUUCAGAUCUGUGCUAUGUGUCUGACUUGAGUGGAUCAAGUUUAGUUGGUAGGCCUGACUAUGUUUUGUGAAUCAAUUAAAUUAAGAGGGAAGAACGAGAACCAGACUGGAUGUAAGAUGCUGGAGUACAGAUUUUUGUCUGGAUGUUGGGUUAGUAUGUAAUUCAGAUCUAAAAUUUUAACAAGCCUGCCAAGUAUGCAGGAAGCCCGGAAAAUUAAAUACCCAAUGUUUCAGAUCACAACAGAUUUUGUCCAGUAAACAGAGAAAUCAAAUGCAAAGGCAGCAUAAUAUUCACCUCUGUGAUAAAGUCUUCUGAACAUAACAAUGUAAAGAAUUAUAUCGUAUGUUUUGCAGCUAGAGUAUUAACUAUAUUUUAAGUGUCUUUCUGUGUGUAGUACCAUGUUAGAUAACUGGGAUUGUGGGAAGUUUUGGCAGCACCCAGGUUACUCUCUGAAAAGCAAAUAAGAAUUGUAUGGUUUGAGUACAUACAGAGUUUAUAUUGGCUUACAUUUUUCUAAUGUGCUUGUAUAUUACUUUUCAUCAGGAAAGAAUCAUGGCAGUUUACCAAAAUUAAACAACUAGGUAAAAUAUGAAAUAGUAAUCAACAGGAAGCAAAUUAAAUAAAGCCAUAUUUAAAAUGUCUGAGAGAAUAGAAAUGGUAUUAGCUUGGCAUUUAAAAGUUAACACUUUUGAUGCCAGGCAGGCUUUCUUGAAGGUUCCCAAGUUGGAGUGGCACUGCUAAAAAGACCCUCUUUCUAGAGAAAUAUAACCCAUAUCUUAGAUGGAUGGAAGAAGUAGUAGAUGACUCUGUUUUGUUGGCAGGAUGAGAACGGGAAGCAGUGCUCCAUUCGGGGCCUUUUAAGGUAAGAACUAGCAUACCACUCAAAAUUCUGCUGAUCUCCCUGUUUUCUGAGUUCUAAAAAGGUGGCUACACACUUCCAAGAUUAUUGUCAUCAUCAUAAGAGCUGGAAACAAUUUAUUGCAGAAGAAUGCUGUACUGAAUAAAAGAUUUUCUCUGACUGAA